AUGUUGUUUAGCGGACUAAAACAGGGUGUGGCUUUAAGCAAAAUUACUACUGGAGCUAUGGUGCUCAAUGUCAUGAUCUGGGAGGGAUCCAAGCAGGCGUCCUCUUUUGGUUCCAACUCCGGUUCAAGUGCUGCUUCCAGUCUGACGUCGAGUGUUGGUUCUGGUUAUACAUCGACUUCGGGCUCGAGAACUGUAUCAAGUUCAGGUUCGGUCUCUUCAGGUUCCGAUUUGAGCACUUUAUCUCCAGACUCAUCAGCUGCUACAGGUUCGAAAGCUAUUGAGAGUGGGAAUUUAGAGCUGCCUCCUCUUAGUACAGGAAACUCAACAGCCAUUGUAUCGUGUGCCGAUAAAAGCAUUCGCUUUUAUUCAUUGACGAGUGGUAAAUUGAUUCGAACUAUUAAAGGACUUCAUGGUAGUUCGGCAGUGAGGUUUAUUCGCCGACUCAGCAACACUCAUUUAAUCACUGCUGGUCUCGACGGACGUCUGAUUGUAUCGAAUUUUACCACCGGCGAGGUCAGCGCUAUAUUUCGAGCUCAUAGUUCGUAUAUCACCAGUCUCGAUGUGUGGGGAGGAUAUGUUGUCUCGACAGGUUUCGACAAGAUUGUAAAUGUGUUCAAGAUCAUCGAUGAAAGUGGAGCUCUCAAGAACAUGGCUUCUGUCAAACUCGAUGUGUGUCCUACUGGCGCCAAAAUCGUAGCUCUUGACCCUUCUAAUAAUGACAUUAUCGAAAAAGAGUCUAUGGACGAUACCUUGCGAGAAAGUUCGCCAUCCUCUCCCGGUCAUACUUUCAAAGAGGGGUUCAUUCCAGCUGUCAUUCUGUGUAAACAGGAUACCACAUACAUGUUUUUCUACUCACUGCACUCGCUCCGACUACUAAACAAAGUCAAUCUAUGCGAUGCCGACUACGGUUCGGACUCGUUCACACCACUGGACAUCGCGGUCGACGAACAGCGUCUCCGCUACGCCGUGGCCACGAACCACGUCCCCUACAUGCGAAUCAUCACCGGCUUCGUGGGCAAAACAACCAUCGUCAACAACCUGGCGGUGUUCUCUCCCCAGGACCAGUACUCGGCACCCCAGCUGGUGUGGAGCAAGAGUGGAAAGGUGAGUUGA